GACCAUUUUUGUUGACUGGCGCACGGCUCUGGAAACACAUUGACGUCCUCGCCGCGCCAUCUUUAGAAAACACUGAGCCCACCGCUGAAUGAAACUUAAUUUUGGUGAUUUGGGAGAGCUGCUCGCUCCACGGUGUUGUAUCUUCGGUUUUCCAGGUGUUUCAGGUGAUCAUGGGGAUCAAGGUCCAACGCCCUCGCUGCUUCUUUGACAUUGGAAUCAGCAAUGUGCUUGUCGGCAGAGUCGUGGUGGAGCUGUUUGCAGACAUCUGUCCCAAAACUUGUGAAAAUUUCAGAUGUCUCUGCACAGGUGAGAAAGGCAUUGGGAAAGGAACUCAGAAACCGCUCCACUACAAAGGAUGCCUUUUCCAUCGAAUUGUAAAAGACUUCAUGAUUCAAGGAGGAGACUUCAGUGAAGGCAACGGAAGAGGAGGCGAAUCCAUCUACGGAGGCUUUUUUGAAGAUGAAAGCUUUGCUGUCAAACACAACAAGGAGUACCUGCUGUCCAUGGCUAAUAGGGGUAAAGAUACAAAUGGAUCCCAGUUUUUCAUAACAACAAAACCCGCGCCACAUCUCGACGGUGUCCAUGUGGUUUUUGGUCAUGUGAUCUCUGGCCAAGAAGUUGUUCAAACCAUGGAGAACCAGAAGACAGACCACAACAGUCGGCCAUACGCUGAGGUGAAAGUUUUGAACUGCGGAGAACUCAUCCCCAAAUCUAAAGCAAAGAAAGGUGCAAAAAAGAAGGAGAGAGCCUCCUCUAGUUCAAGUGGUAGCUCCAGUGACUCUGAGAGCUCCUCGGACUCGUCCUCUGAUAGCGAAGAAUCAGAAAAAGAAUCGAAAAAGCGGAAAAAGAAGGCAAAAAAGCAAAACAAGAAACAGAAGAAGGACAAGAUAAAGUCAGAAGCUGAAAGUGCUGAAGAGAAGGAACAAGAUGAGUUGAUUACAUCUACGGUGCGUCCUGAAGAAAUACCGCCCAUUCCUGAGAAUCGAUUCCUUAUGAGGAGAAGUCCAACAGUCCAAAAGGUAAAGGAGGAGGUUGGCAAGGAACAGCGAAAUAAAGAAGAACGACCAAGAGAAAGUUCUAGCACAACUUAUAACUCUCAGCCAGGAUAUCACAGGAGACUCGUGAUGACUCGAUCUGGCAGGAAGAUAAAAGGCAGGGGUCCACGGAGAUACCGGACUCCAUCACGCUCUCGUUCAAGGUCUAGAGAUCGUUUUCGCCGCAGUGAAACUCCCCCACACUGGCGUCAGGAGAUGCAGCGCCAGAGGAUGAGGGCGGUCACUGGAGAGCGAUGGAUUAAGGGUGACCGAGGUGACAUGAAUGAGGGUCAGGAUGAGGCACCGAAAAGAGAGAGACGGACUUCCAUCACAAAGGCUGAACAUACAACUGAGGGUAAAAAAGACAAAAAAACUCGAUCUCAUAGAUCUAAAAGCAAAGAGGAGGAUACUGUAGAAAAGGAUGAGAAGCAUAACAAACACAAGGCAAAGAAAAGAGAGAAAUCUCAAAGUCGCAGUAAAAGCCGAGAAAAAAAUAAAAGGUCAAAAAGCAGAGAGAAGAGUCAUAAGCAUAAAAGUGAUGACAGGAGAGGUCGCUCAAGGAGCAAAGAUAGAAAUGUUAAGAAAGAAAAGGAGCCCGAAUCUGAUCACAGCAAAGACAGAAAUAAGGGUCAUGAAUCUGACAAAAAGCAUAAAGAAGACCCAAAAGGUAGAAAUGGUGAGCGAACAAGGACAAAAUCCAGAAGCAAAGAAAGAGCAGCCAAAAAAGAUGAGCGUAGAUCAAGUAGCAGAAACAAGGACAGAGGCAGGACUUCAGCAUCAAAAGAGAGAGAAGAAAAAAGAGAGAGAGACAGAGAGAGGGGCAGAGAACGUAGCAGGAGUCGGGAAAGAAGACGCAACAGUGAAAGGGAGAAUAAGAGAAGAGGAACAUCCCGGGAUAAAGAACAUCGAACAAGAAGUCCAGACAGAAGUAGGGCUAGGGACUCGCACAGAGGCAGGCGCUCGAGAAGCAGGAGCAGCAGGCGAGACCAGAGCAGGGAUCGAUCCUCUCACAGAAAAGUCAAAGACAGAGAUGUUGCCGGACAGAGGAGGAGACGCGGCAGCAGCAGCUCUGAGAGUGAUAGAGAAGAAAAGAAGAGUCAAAGGAGCCCAGAUUCCAAAAGAAGAGCCAAGUCCAAAGACAGAAGGAGCCCGGCCAGCCAAAGACCAGAUAGUACGAAAGAAAAAGAUAGAAAUGAUAGCAAGAAGAAUCGCUCCAGCUCCGACAGCGACUGAACCUGUGAUAAUGUUCCUAUUUUUUACAGUGUACAUGUAGUACACAGCAUCAGCUUUCCAUAUACAGUGGGGCUUAUUCACAUUCUUCAUACAGUACAAACAGUUCUGCCUACUGUGACUGUAAAACCUCCCUCUAAGCUAAUUACUGAACUGUUAAAUAACUGUGGUAUACAGGUGAUGGAGAGAUGAAAAGACCCUCUCCAACCAUAAUCAUUUAAUGAAACCGCUCACACCUGCAGCUCCAUUCUCUGUAGCAACAUGCAACCUUUGUCUGAACUGUGGACUUUAUGGGGAUCUCGUGGGUUUGUCCACCACUGAGUGUAUAACACAGUUAAUGGGUAGCUGAUGCUGUGGAGUCAUUUUAGAGAAAAGGAUUUGUAACUACAAAGUAUGUGUACUGCACUGGCAGGGCUGUAAAAAUACCAGGUAUUCUAACUCUUACUUUAUUUGAUCUUGUGAAGUCAGACUGGAGGCAGGUUUUGUUUUGUUUUGUUUUGUUUUUAAUGAAUUAUUAUUUGGUAAAUUCUGUUUUGGCUUUAAAUUUGUUCUGAUUUCAGUUCAUUUAAAGAAAAACAAAAGAACAAAAAAAUUUUACUGGUAUCCUCCUCAUUUGAGUUAUUUUUACUACAUCAAUCAGCCUGGAAGAAAACACUCGCGUCUUGCAUGCUCAUCUUUGUCACUGUGUGUGAGAUUAUAUACACCCAUGGGGUUUGUUUUUGUUUUUAACCAUUUACUGUAAUCCUGUUUGUUUUAUGAAAGAUAAAAUGUUAAUGCCAUGUUGUUAAGUACAACAUAAAAGCAGUUGGGUUCUGUUUUGUUCAAACUGACUUUAAGAACUGCUGGAGUGUUUGAAUUAAA